UCUUUUUCAGAUGCCAUUAUUAUUAUCAGAAUCGAUAUUGGAAUAAAAAUGAGUUGUCUCUCUUUAUAAAGUGAUAUACAUCUUGUACAGACCAGGAAUAACAAAUGUAAUGAGCUAAUGUCUACAGUGACUGUGUAUGGAACCGACGUUUGAUAAGAUAUGCGUUGUCAGCUGGGUCUAUAACUAAAGGCUGUUCCGUAAUGGAAAGCAGAAACACAUCGUAUGACGAAGAAAGAGGCUCAGACUUUGAUGGUUUAUAAGAAUUGAAACGCAAGAAAAUGUAAUGUCUGAUUCAGAAAUUUCCUUAAGAAUGGCUCAAGUCCAAGUGUCCCGUAUUAGCGAAAAGUCAGAACAAACAGAACCCAACGAAUAUGUAAAGAAUAGUGGCGAAGGAUCAUGGCCAUGUCAUCAAAUUGGACCUCGACCAUGCCAUCCUCCUCUUUUCGGACCGCCAUAUCACCAUCCGCCACAUCAUCCACCUCCAUUUGAACCAGGCCAUCACCCUCCACCGUUUGGAUCGCCACAUCACCAUCCACCACGUCACCAUCCGCCACAUCAUCCACCGCCAUUUGAACCAGGCCAUCACCCUCCACCGUUUGGAUCGCCACAUCACCAUCCACCACGUCACCAUCCGCCACAUCAUCCACCGCCAUUUGAACCAGGCCAUCACCCUCCACCGUUUGGAUCGCCACAUCACCGUCCGCCAUGUGGACCAGAUCCUCGCCUUCAUUCUUUCGGACCGCCACAUUGUCAACGACCAUUUCGACAGGCCCAUCACCAGCAUCAUUUUGGACCGCCACGUCCUCCAUCAUUGGAACCACGGCACCACCUUCAUUAACCACCAUCAGUCGGACCCUACCAUUCGAACCAAGAUUCUGAAAAACAUUGAAGGGAGCCAUCUGUUUGUACAUGUACAAUAAUUACUAAACCAGUUAUUCAUAAUGGUACUACUAACAAAUUAGUUUACGUUUGCCAUAGAUAUGUAAUAGAAAGGUAAUCUAAGAAAAAAAUAUUUAUGCAAUGAGAUUAAACUAAAGGCAAAAUAAUAUUUUAAA